AUGCCUUUAAAUGGCACCGUUCCUAAUCUCAUUAGGGAUAUGCCCCCCUCCAAUCCUCCCACUAUCAUCGCUAUCGGACCCGCAGAAUUUCAGGUCUGCAUCACGCCUGGACCGAGACUUGCCCCGUAUCAUAUUGGUAUCCUAGAGGCUUACUCGAAGGCUCUUGUUGAAGCUCUUCAGUUGCAACGCGACGAUGAGAUUCACCGGCUACAGUUGGCGCUGAAAUGCUCCAAAAAACCGCUGUGGGUAUUCACCCUAGCUUUGGAGUUUCGACUGAAGACCGCCCAGACACCUCCUGCACCUCCUCCUGACUCCGAUGGCCUCAAGAAGAUCCUCCGUAUCCUUACCUCAUCUGACUGCGCACCUCCUGAAUCAGUCAGCGAGCGCAAUGAAUGGUGCACCAAGAUCAUCGAACUCGCAUGGAAUCUUACACAAGAGGAACUCCGCUCAUUGAAAAAGAGAUGCCCUACUGCUGUCUGGACAGCGCUUGUCUUUACACGCAUACGCCCCACCCCCGCACACCUCUUUCCUGUCGCCAUGGAGCCAGCGUGCCUCAAUUGCGUAAAGAAAGGCCACCCAUGCAUGUUCCAAAACAGGAAGACCUCAAAAUGCCGCGAAUGCUCGCUGUUUGGGAUUGCGUGUCCCAAAGGCCAACCCGGAAUAGGGAAGCGCAAGCUGGAUCACGAUGACGAGCGGGUUCGGAAGAGGGCUCGACAUGACUCGAAUAUGACUGUGGAGGAGGAAAUUGUAGAGUUGAAGGCACAGAUUGUGCAGUUGCAGGAGCAGGUUGGGGGGAUGAAGGAGGUAUUAGUCAAGUCUGAGGCUUCUCAGCGUUUCGCGAAGGAUUUACUGUGGGAGAUAUUCGAUACACUUGUGGAGCGUAUAAAAAGGUUUCGACAAGGAUAA